CCGUCUGACGUCGCUCUCCACGGCGAUUUAGGGUUCAACGGUGAGAAGCUCUGUUCUUCGUCGGUGUUUCAUCAGCCCGUGGUCUCUACUCUCGUCUCCGUCACCAUCCUUUUCGAUCUCACUGAAGACACAACGGCUGCGAAUCGUUCUUCCUCUUCGUCGGGUCAAAUCGAUUUUCGAAGUGUUCUUCCAUCAAUUUCGCCUCUCAAUCUCACAAUUCUUCACAGAAGCUAUGUCUGAGGAGCUACCGAAGAGGCUUUUUAAGGAGGGCGAGGAGCCCCGAGUUACUCAGAUCAACAACAACUGCAGGAUCGACUACAUAAUCCGAAAGUUCCAAGCGUGGCUGCCAAAGGAGUUGGAUGUCGUGAAGAAAGACCCGGUUUUUCAUCAGAUUUUUAAGCUCCAUGAGAAUGGUCUUGGAUACUCUGCGAGGGUGAUACACAGCUUCUUGUGUAGGGAGCUGGUGACUUUCUUACAGCACGAGCUAUGGUUUGUCUUCGCGAGGAGACCGCUUCGAUUCUCAUUGCAAGAGUUCCACGCCGUAACUGGGUUUGAAUGCGAUACUCACAUUUCGCUUGAGGAGUUUGAAGAGUGGAAAUAUGAUGGUGGUUUCUGGAGCAAGGUUUUGAGGAGAAAAGAUGGAACAAUUACACUCUUCAACCUGUGGACUAAGGACAAGGAAGCUGUAAAAAAAUGGAGGAAUGCAGAUCGCAUACGUCUUAUCUACUUGGCGAUCAUUCUUUGUGUGGUAUUGGCGAGAGAUGAGAAGGCUAAUAUCCCCCUGAAGUACGUCGCGGUGGUCAUGGAUCUUGACAGAGUUCGAAGGUAUCCUUGGGGAGUUGCUGCUUACGACCUUCUCUGCAAAUCCAUAGCCAAAAAUCGUUCCCAACUGAAGGAAAAUACCACUAGCUAUGUCUUGGAUGGCUUCUCAUACGCCUUGCAGAUUUGGGCAAUGGAAGCGGUGCCAAAAAUCGGGAAGCUUUGUGGAAAAAAGCUGGAUAAGGGUUUCAAGGACGGUCCUAGAUGCAUAAACUGGAUGGGAGCUGCGAAGGUGUCAUAUGAGGAGAUCAUUCGCUUGGAGGAGUUAUUACACCCAAGAGAUGAUGAUGUGGAGGAUGACAGAAUCAAGGUUCUGAUGGAGAUGAUAAAGAAGGGGCAUGAUUUUAGUGAGCAUGUUUGGGAAACUGAAGAAAAUGAAGUGAUUUCUUUAUCUCUCGAUGACGAAUCAGCUGUGAAUGAUGAAGCAAGCGUGAAUGUUGAAGCAGCCGAGAGUGAUGACGACUUUCAGACUCCGAAAGGAUCAAAAAACGUUGGUUCUAGAUCAAAGAGGGGUAAAAGAGGCUUCCCGAUCGUGUUGUUUGAGCACAACUUCUCUGGAAUGGAACAAAGGAUACAGAAACAGAUGGCCGAGACAUUUGAGCAGAUGCGGACAGAGCUUAAACAAUCACGUAAGGAAGCCAGCGUUGAAGUUGAGCUUGGAGAGCCUUCACCGACAAAGCCAUCGACGAGCCAGGCACCGUUGAGGAGGUCCACACGCGGGGUAAACAAACACUAG